AUGGCUGCACGCUGUCUGGCUUUCUUGCUCCUGGCGUCCCUAUCCCUGUCUCUCGCGCACGCCUCCUUCGUCUUGCAGCUAUCCACGUCCGGUUACACCAGUUUCGCCAGGCUCCUUUCGCACGCAAACCUUGGGCCUGAAAUCGACGGCAUGAUCGCGAGAGCGAACACCGUCACCGUCCUUGCCCCCACCAACGCAGGCAUCUCAGAACAGAUCUCUCAAGAGGGCCUCGAAACCCUCGUGCUCCCCGAGAAUCGCGCGGCGCUGCGACAGCUCCUCCUGCACCACUUCGUCCCCCACAGCGUCUCUCUCUUCGCCUGGAACGGCGCCGCCACGUCUUCCACUGGAUCGGCUAUAGUUCUCUCCAUGGACCCGCAUUACUUCUACGCGGGGGGCGCGCCCGUGAAGGAUAUUAACGCGCUGACGACGCGGAACGUCGUUGUGCACUCCAUGGGCGGCGUGAUCGUGCCCGCGCCGCUUGUUUCCUCCAUGCUGCGUCUGCGCCCGCACGCCAGGUCGUCCCAAGCUGCAGCCGCGGUUCCCGCCGGCAGCUCGUGGCAGGCGCGCAGGAUGGCGCCUGAGAAGCAAUCAACGGUUGCGGUGCAGCGCGACAGCGAUAUCGCCGCGACUGGUCGCACCACCCAAUCGUCCCCAACCAAACUUCCAUUCCGCCCCGCCCCUCCUCCCCGCUCUCCCUCGUCUGCCCUCAUCUUUCCCCAUUCUCCGCGCGGUUUGUUCCCUCCCCCGCAUGCCACCCAUAUCCCAAUCAUCUUCUCAGCUUAUCUUGAUGCGUUGGACGCCUGUCUUGUAUCACUACCACGUUGGGUCGAGUUUCCUCUUCGGCCUCCCCAGCCCAGCGCCAAGCCUUGCCACAUGGCGGGCAUUCCCCUUCCCCGGAUAGCCUCCGCCGUCUCCCCCGUGCGCGCCUCCCUCCGCCUUUCGUUCGCCCCGAACAGCCCGCGCCUUUUCUCCGCCGCACAGGCAUCGGCGCACGCUGCACUCACUCCCCUUCCCCCGUCGCAUUCCCCCCAAUCGGCGCUCAGACCUUCCCGCUCAUCGCCGGCGGAAUUCCGCCCUCCGCGCGGCUUCCCCGCGGCCGUCCGCGGCAUUGGCGGGGGAUGUAGACCAGCGCGCGUGGCCGUGAGGGCGGAGGGCGGGGAUGGGGCCGAGGGGGGAGUCGAUCUCCAAGUCGCGAAGCUCUUCGGCAGCCUGGAGAUGCGGGAGCCAUACUCGGUGGCGAUGAAGGUGCGCGACUACGAGCUGGACCAGUACCGCGUCGUCAACAACGCCACCUACGCCAGCUACUGCCAGCACGCGCGGCACGAGUUCCUGGCGUCCAUAGGGCUGGCGGCGGACGAGGUGGCGCGCACAGGGGACGCCCUCGCCCUCGCCGAGCUCUCCCUCAAAUACCUCAACGCCCUGCGCAGUGGCGAUGAGUUUGUGGUGACGGCGCGAGUGUCGGGCACGACAGCAGCGCGAGUGUUCAUAGAGCAUACCAUAUACAGACUGCCGGAUAAGGAGCGGGUGCUACAGGGGCAGGCGACGGUGGUGUUUCUGGACAAGGCAUACCGCCCCACACGCGUGCCCGCCCUAUUUAAAGCCCGCCUCACCCAGUUCCUCCGCGACCAGCAGCAGUAG